GUUGGUGUCGCUAAUGCCAAUAAAAAUAUAAUAGAAUAAGAAUUCAGAAACAUCUUCAGUUUGAGCGCUCAGUUUGAUGUUCAUCAUGAGAGAGCAGGUGGAUGUGAUUCAUGCUGGAGAACAGCAGAUGCUGCAGACACCAGUGAAGAUUGAAGUGAAGCAGGAGGAGAUAAAAGAGGAAAUCACAACAGAAGAACAGAGUGAUGAUGAUGAAGAGCAGAUGCUGCAGACAUUUGUGAAGAUUGAAGUGAAGCAGGAAAUUAAAGAGGAAAUCACAACAGAAGAACAGAGAAAUGAUGACGAUGAACAGCAGAUGCUGCAGACACCAGUGAAGAUGUGUUCAGUGAAGCUUCUGGACUGCAGGAACCUGAUGAAGAUGAGAGAAGAAACCACAGCAGAGGAACAACAGAGUGAUGAAGAUGAUGUUAUUCCUUCAGAGCCGAUGGAAGUGAAAGAGGAACAUGAAGAACUGAAUGAAGUGGAGGAGAAAAGUCAUGAUUUCAUAUCUGGAGAAAAAUCUUUGAGUUGCUCAGAGACUGAAAAUAGUUUAUCUCAAAGAAGAGCAGCCAAGAAAUCUUUCACCUGCUCUCAGUGUGGAAAGAGUUUCACAUGUAAAAGAAAUCUUAAUAUACACAUGAGAGUUCAUACUGGAGAGAAACCUUACAUGUGCCAUCAGUGUGGGAAGAGUUUCACAAGUAAAAGAGAUCUUGAUAGACACAUGAGAGUUCAUACUGGGGAGAAGCCUUACACAUGCCAUCAGUGUGGGAAGAGUUUCACAUGUAAAGGCAAUCUUAAUACACACAUGAGAGUUCAUAGUGGAGAGAGACCUUACACAUGCCAUCAGUGUGGAAAGAGUUUCACACAGUCAGAACACCUGAAAACACAUGAGAGAAUUCAUACUGGAGAGAAACCUUACAAGUGCUCGCACUGUGGAAAGACUUUCACUUGUUCAGAACACAUUAAAAGGCACGAGAGAAUCCAUACUGGAGAGAAACCUUACACGUGCCAUCAGUGUGGGAAGAGUUUUGCAAAUGCAGACCAUCUCAAGAAUCAUCUCCGCUGUCACUCUGGAGAAAAGUUAUUUGAAUGUGAUCAGUGUGGUAAAACAUUUGUUCUGGCACAGUACCUAAAACAACAUCUGAAAACUCACACAAAAAAGAAACCUUACAAGUGUUCAUUUUGUGGAAAGAGUUUUACACGCAUGUCCUAUUUGAAAGAGCACCAGAAAAUGCAUACCGGUGUGGCGGAUCAUGUGUGCUUUGAAUGUGGGAAGAUCUUGACUACAGCCGGCAGCUUGAAUCAGCACCAAAGAAUUCAUACUGGAGAGAAACCUUACAAGUGCUCACACUGUGGAAAGAGUUUCAGUAUGUCACAAAACAUGAAAGCACAUGAGAGAAUUCAUACUGGAGAGAAACCAUACAACUGCUCUUCAUGUGAGAAAAGUUUCAUCUCAGCAAGUUCUUUAUGGCAACAUGAAAAAAAGAUUUGCCCACGUAGGCACAGUGAGCAAGAAUCAUCUUCUGGUCCAAUGAUAUCAAGUAAAUGGUGAAUGUGUGAAUAAAGCAUAUGUGCCUCCUAACCAAACUAUUGCAUGUGCAGCCGUGUCUUAAGAUGAGACCAUCCUGCAGUGCAACGAAUGCAGUGCUAACAUAACUUGAAAGUUAUCAUCAUAUGAAUACUGACUAUACCAGUGCUCGACAUUAACACUUGGCGUAAACAAGAGGAUUUUACUUUUAAAGGAAGACUUUUUCUUGGCACCUACAUAAACUCUAGAGGUUUUCAAGAGAUUUUCUAGGUGUACUGAGAUUUCUACUACACCUUCCAGAGGUGUAUAGUUGUGUUCAGAACCAGUCUGGCCUGCUAAACCGCCAUCUGCUCUUCGAAGCAUGUCAGUUCACAAAUAUAUUCAUGUUGACACCCCCCGCCCCAACGAUACGUUAUUGUAAUGUAAAGCAGUGACAAUAAACUUUUUAAUUAAUAACAUGCUUCCAUUUUUUUUUUUUUCAUUUCUAUAAAUGAUGUUUUUAUGAUUAUUUCUGUUGUUUCAGUGAUUGUCUUGAUUUACGUUUAACAUUGUUAUUUGAUGAAGAAACAACAAGUUUAACACAAACAAUAUGAUAUGGAUAUUGUUACUUGGGUAUAUUUCUGAAAUUAUGUAAGUUGUGCGUGUAUUUCGACUCAAUAAGUACCUGAGAAAAUAUUUAUGUGUAGCUUAUUAUAUCUUUGUUAUGUGUAGCUCAAUAUGUGUUUGACAGCCAGUUGUGUCUCAUGAUAUCUCAGUGUGAAAGUAAUGAAUCCUGUUCUAGAUUUGUCCUGAUUUGUUGCAUUAACUCUUUGAUUUAUGAAAAAGAAAACAUCAAAAUAAAUGUAAUUCUAUUAAAAAAAAAACCUUUGUCCAUGAAAGAAAUGGGAAGAUCACGAGACUCCAGCAUCCUGUGGCUCAUCUGCUUCAUAACACCACACUUAAGGAUGAUCCUGUAUAAUUGUUUUAAAAAAUAUUACACUAUCUGGGCAUUUUGUAGAUCCAUUUGUGUUACAUAUACUGUUUAUUCAACACUGCACAAACUUUACAAAAAAAAUUAUAUUUUGUAUGUGUAAAUGUGUAUGCUAGUUAGCAAAAUGGUCAAAUUAAUAUGUUGUAUAA